AUGUCCUUUGACUCCGUCCUUGAAUUGUCGGAAUCGGAUGCAGAGUUGGAGGCGACAGCUCAUCAGGAUCCACGGCCUCUGGUCUGUUUUGAUUCCGUAGACGCGUUGACGGAUGACGAGGUCGCAAACCAGGCCGGGUCGUCCGCGCCGGAACCGCCAGAGCCUAGAAGAGCGAGGAAGAAAAGGAGGAGGGGCGAAUCAGCAAAUAGCAGCAAAAAUAGACUUUGUGAGCGGUCCAGUCUGACGGAACUUAUACAAAAAAGAUGUAAGUCAUGCAAGCGCCAGUGCUUGGCAAAGUUCUCAGGCGCUGCCAAGUUUCAGGAACUGUUGGAAUUCCGCCAAGACUGGGCCAACCUCCACAAGACAGACCAGGACACUUUACUCUUUGAACGAGUGAAAGCCAUCCUUCACGCACCUGAACACGAAGGGGCUUCAACUCAGUGGGAAAUUCUUGGUGCGCCGGUUUGUUUGAAAGCUUGGAAACGUCUUCACGGUGUGGGCACUCCACGUUUCAAUAAGAUCAGAGCUGCGGUACAACAAGGAAAGCCAGCUCCACCUGUGGACCUGCGCUACUUGGGGGUUGAUGCCAAAGCUUGUGAGGCGUCCAACGAGGUACGAUCAAAAGUGAUCACCUUUUUGGAGGGUGUGUUCAAUAGCCAAGCAGAGACACUGCCGGAUGUCCGAGACGAUGCUGCAGAUGAACCUGCCGAUGUUUUGGUGAAAGAUUUUGCUACCAAAAAACAUUUGGUUGCAGAUCCGUACAUGGAUGCACUUGUUGAAUCAGCCCAACGUACUGCAGCCACUCCCAAGCUUCGAAAGCUCCGGAAGCAUUGCCGUUCUGUGAAGAUCAAUCCUGAGAGACUUGGGCUUGAAGAGCGAUUUUUGCCCCCGGGGACGAUGCGGGACCUGUGGGAACAAAUGGUUGCGUCUGAGAAUGACAACAAGGCAAGCUUCGCGCAAUUUUGGCGCAUAUGGAAAGCAGAAUACCCGCACAUGAAGUUUCGUGCUACGAGUUCGCACGCGAUGCGCAGUGUUUGUCUUCGUCACAAACUUUUGAUCAAGGAAAUGGGACAUCACUUGAGAGCAAGGACUGCCCAACGGGAUUUGUACAACAUACACCUGCGAAAGCAAUACCAAGAUGGGUGCGUGUAUUGGCGCAUGCGGGCUGCGUCGCGGCUUGGCUCCCCAGACAUCGUUCUCAUUGUAGACUCCAUGGACCAAGCAAAAUUUAUGUAUCCCCGUGGGGACGUUUUCAGGAGCAAGGAGCUGAGCGCAUUUCAGCGCCCUCGCGCGCACAUUACCGGUGUCAUCGCGCACGGGUACUUCACAUUGUUUAGCGUUUCGGCGCAAGACCUUCCGAAAGAUUCUUCAACAAUGAUCGAGCUGGUGGGUCAUUGCUUGACGCUUCUUCGGAACCAGGGAGUUGACCUUCGGUGUGCUGCCGUCACGGUUCAAUGCGACAACACGCCGCGAGAGAUGAAAAACAACCCGUUUGUCAAGUUCCUUGCGUAUUGUGUCUCAACUGGCAUCCUGAUGCGUGCAACGCUGUCCAGUCUUCGGACUGGACAUAGCCACGAAGACAUCGAUCAAUUGUUCGGUCAGCUCGCCAAAUACCUUGUGUCUCGAUGCCGGUUUGCGGGCUCAAUUUCGGACUUUGUCAGCGUCAUCUCCAACUUCAUGGACACUGCAAUGAAGCGUCCCCACGAGCGUGGGCGGUACUGCGUACAGCUGGACCAAACACGGAAUUGGACCAAGCUGUGGAUGGCAGACCCGGAUUUUCAAAGCUGCGACUUGUACUUGCCAUGGGAGGUGGCCAACGUAAGGCUUCCCCUGGGAGUGCCAGCAGGAGUGGCAGAGCGGAAUCCCCUUGGCGAGAAGUACAAAGAACAUGUGUUGAGCUUCCUUCCUUUGUUGCGGCAAUACAACCUGUUCAGCGCUGCCACACAUUUGGAGAAGUGGGUGCUCGAUACCCUACCACGAAACGCUUUGUUGGAUCUUUCAGCGACCCUUGGCGACAUGUUUUAA